CGGCUUGCAGCGAACGGGUCGCUCUCAGUCACCUGUGCGUAGCGGUGGCGUGCGCUCGCCAUGUACGAAUGUUUUGAAGUGCUAUGUGAUUCCUUCUUGUGAAUAACAGUGAAGAAGGAAUAACAAAGAAAAUUUCACAGUGCCUCGUGGACUAGUGACCGUACGUCACAAAAACAGUGACUAAAAGUCUAUAAGUAAGAUGUGAUAAUAGUAGUGUUUAAAAUAAAUAUCAAUAUGUGCAGCAAGGAUCAAAUCAGUCACAUCCUGGGGAAGAUCAAUGUGGGUCUACCAUCUUGGUCCCGCGGGCUGGAGGCGGCGGAGGCGGCGCGCGCGCGCCUCGUGCGCUGGGCGUGCGGCGAGCCAGCGGCGGAGCCCGAGCCGCGCAAGAAGAUGCCGCACGCGAUGCGCCGGCGGUGGCCGAUGUGCCCGUGCUUGCAGAACGAUGAGCCUCCCGAGAUCACAUACUGCGUGGUGGGAGGGGAGGGGGGUCUCGCGUUACAAGCUGUCACCCCCACCCACCCGAUGCCGUCGCAAGAUGAGCUCGACGCCAAGUUUGCUGAGCUGGUGGAAGAGCUGGACCUAACAGCGGUGAACAAAGCAGCGAUGAUGGAGCUCCCAGCGGCCAAAAAGUGGCAGAUCUACUGCAGUCGUCGCCCGCCGCCUGGCCAAGCGCUGCCCCUUGCUAAUGCGCCGCAAGUGGAGGAUUACAUCAAGGCUCUUAAUGAGAUCGCUGAUGCAUUCGCAUCAUCGGAAGGAGUUCCACCAACCGAAGCGAGCGGUCUCGUCGACGGCUUGAAGACGGCACUACGGACGCGAGCGCACAGUUUCGUGUUACGAUUCAUAAAGCAGGGCGGGCUUACUGCCUUGUUGGAAGCCUUGCAGAGGGCGCCAAGGGACGAUGCUGUUACCAGGCACAACUUGAUAGCCGGCAUCAAGGCUCUUAUGAACAAUUCUACUGGACGAGCACAUGUGCUCGCUCAUCCCACCAGUAUCGACCUGAUAGCGCAAUCACUCGACACUGAGAAUGUCAAAACUAAAGUCGCGGCUCUUGAGAUUUUGGGAGCUGUGUGUCUCGUACCUGGGGGACAUAAGAAGGUGUUGGAGGCGAUGACCGCGUACCAGAAGCACGCGGGCGAGCGAGCCCGCUUCUCGUCCGUAGUGGGCGCGCUGGGGCGGGGCGCGGCGCGAGACCAGCUGCCGCUCGACACCGCGCUCAUGUCCUUCGUCAACGCGGUGCUCAGCUACGGGCCCGGCGAGGACAGCCUCGAGUUCCGCCUGCACCUGCGCUACGAGCUGCUCAUGCUCGGGAUACAGCCAGUGAUCGAAAAACUGCGAAAGUACGAGAACGAGACGCUCGACCGUCACAUCGAGUUCUUCGAGAUGGUGCGCAGCGAGGACGAGCGCGAGCUGGCGCGGCGCUUCGAGAAGCAGCACGUGGACACGCGCAGCGCGGGCGACAUGUUCGAGCUGCUGCGCAACAAGCUCAGCCACACGGCCGCCUACCCGCACCUGCUGUCCAUGCUGCGGCACCUGCUGCUGCUGCCGCUGGAGUACAACCCUCACGCACAGCACUGGCUUCUGCUGGACCGCGUGGUGCAGCAGGUGGUCUUACAGCAACCAAGACCUGGAGAUCGGGAUUCUGAUUCUGCUAAGGUUUUCGACCCAGACGUAGCUCCCCUAGAGAUAAAUGUUGGUGAAAUAGUCCAACUGCUCGCUAAAGAGGAGGAACUAGUGGCAGCCAGGAACAAAGCUGACAGUCUGGAGAAGGAAAAUGUUGAUCUGGCUACUGAAUUAGCCAAAAAGGAGAAGCAGGUGGACCAACAGAGCCAGGAGCGCGAGGAGCUGGAGGGCAACCUGCGGCGGCUGCAGGAGCGGCUCGAGCGCGAGACCGCCGCGCACAUGGCGUGCGGCGAGCAGGCGCGCGCCGCCGCCUGCCGCGCGCACCAGCUGGAGCAGCAGCUGAAUCAAGAAAGAGCAGAACGAGCAAGAUUCGAAAAACUAGUCAGUGAAGGGAGCAUACCUGAUGAUGCAAAGGUCAGCAACCUAAAAAGCGCUGUGAUAGAAACGUGCAGCGCUCCCCCUCCCCCUCCUCCCCCUAUCCUCGCCGCACCUCCCCCUCCCGCGGCUCCCCUCCCCCCUCCCGCACCCCUCGCUCCUUUUACCCCCACACCACCCAGACCGAAGAAGAAUGUACCAACACCUGGAAACCCACUAAAGAGCUUCAAUUGGAGCAAAUUGCCAGAUACGAAACUACAUGGUACUAUAUGGCAAGAGUUGGAUGAUACGAAGCUGUAUAAUGCGAUUGAUCUACACGCGAUUGAUAAGAUGUUCUGCGCGUAUCAGAAGAAUGGUGUACAGAACGAAGGCUCAGUAGAAGAUCUGCGACAAUUAGGAUCGAAGCCACGUACCAAAAUCCUGUCAGUGAUCGACGGACGCCGCGCACAGAACUGUACCAUUUUGUUGUCCAAGCUGAAGAUGAGCGAUGAAGAGAUUUGCAGAGCAAUCCUCCGCAUGGACAGCUCAGAACAGCUUCCCAUCGACAUGGUGGAACAGCUGUGCAAGUUCACGCCCAGCGCUGAAGAAGCGGCUUUAUUGGAAGAGCAUCAAGAUGAGCUCGACAGCAUGGCGAGAGCUGAUCGGUUCCUGUAUGAGAUAUCCAAAAUCCCCCACUACCAGCAACGAGUACGAACACUACUAUUCAAGAAGAAGUUCUCAGCAGCGGUUGCCGAGGCAACGAGUCGUGCGUCCGUGGUCCUUAGGGCCGCUAGAGACAUGACCAGGUCCAGGCGGUUGAAGACAUUGUUAGAAAUUGUUCUGGCGCUAGGGAAUUAUAUGAAUAGAGGAGCUCGUGGAAACGCGUCCGGUUUCCGUCUCUCGUCACUGAGCAAACUGGCUGAUACCAAGUCGAGUGUGUCCAGAAAUACUACGCUGCUGCACUAUCUCGUUGAGAUGCUUGAAACACAGUUCAAAGACGUGCUCCUGCUGGAGGAGGACGUGCCGCACGUGCGCUCGGCCGGCAAGGUGUGCGUGGAGCAGCUCGAGCGUGACGUCACCGCUCUACGCGCCGGCCUACGGGACGUGGCAAGGGAACUCGAGUACCACGCGUCGUUGCCUGCGCGCGCGCAGCAUGACGCGUUUGUACCGGUUAUGAGGGAGUUCCAUGCGCACGCGGUGUGCUCGUUCACGCAGCUGGAGGAUCUGUUCCAGGACAUGAAGAGCAGACUGGAAGCGUGCGCACACGCAUUCGGGGAAGAACCAUCAGCGUCCCCGGAGCAGCUGUUCGGAGCGCUGGACUCGUUCCUGGUGCAGCUGGCGGAGGCGCGCGCGGAGUGCGACGCGGCGCGGCGCAGGCGGGAGGAGGACGAGCGCAGGAGCCGGCACGAGCAGGAGCUCAAGAAACGUACAAUGGAGCGCAAACAAGGUUCCAGCAUACUGGGUUCAGUAGCGAAAUCACUGGGCAAAUCCACUGACUGCAACGGGCAUUCGAACGGCGAUACCUCCCGCGACGGGACUCUAACCAACGGGCAGAAGGGGGAGUUCGAUGACCUCAUAUCGGCCCUUAGAACUGGAGAUGUUUUUGGUGAUGAUGUGGCAAAGUUCAAAAGGUCCAGGAAAAGUAAGACCCAUAAGGGAAGGGAUUCCCCACCGAGGGGAGUUUGCAGGGAGGACUCGAGGGAGCGACAGAAGAAUUGAGGGAAAAUUAUGAGGAGAAGUGGGGAGACUCUAGGAUUUAAGGGAGGAGUUUCGGAAACUUUUUAGUGAUUUGAGAUGGCCAAUAAAUGUGCUAAUAAAUUGAUGACUUCAAAGAAUUGAUGUAGAAUUGAGAAGAUUUGUAGAGGAAUUGUUAUUGACGAUAGAUUGAA